AAAUUUAACAGAUUCAAAAUUGUUUUCAACACCUUUCGGCCUUUUUUCGAACAGAUCUAAAGGGUGUCUAGGUGGUAAUGACAACCAGUUGGUAAAAUGAUCUGUGACGAGCCGGCGCCGGAGCCGGAGAAAAUCAUCUGUCGCUGCAAGAACUGUGUUCUCCGGCCCGCGGAUGUCCUUCCCUGGCCGGGGGCCCUUGGAGCAGUGCCCGAUGCUGGGAAAGAUGGCAAUACCAGUCGUCGAGUGUCCAGCCGUACCAUUCAAUCGAUGGACAGCGUGUACACCCUGCGAGAUGGCAAUAAUAACCAAAACAAUCCAUAUAAAGAUCAACCCGGUACACGUCCAGGAACCGCAACAAAUUCACCAACCCAAUAUGAGGUUCCGAUUCAUGGCGCCAUUACUCCAAUACUCCAUGAGAGCCAUAGUCCAAAUUAUCACCAAACAAACUCGCGGGUAACAACACAGCCUCCUCCAGCUCAACCCACCAUUCUGCUGAUUGUGGUCAAUAAGAACGAUCCACCACCGAUGCCGGGUAGAGGGUAUCCGGAUCCGAACCCAGGGCCAGGACCACGAUAUCAAGGCCAAGGGUUUGGAUAUCCUGGUCAAGGACCUGGGGGAUAUUCGGGACCGGGGCCCAGAGGCUACCCUGCUCAAAGCGGUGGACCACCAGGCUAUUAUUAUCCGCCACCUAGACCCAGGAGAAGGCCAGAGAAUAACUAUGGACAAGACCGUUUUCGCUAUGAUAGUCGACGAAAUAGCGUGGGAUUUCCAAAUAAUCGGACUGGAUACCAAGAUGAAUCGAGGGUGCACUCAAGAAGGAACUCCAAUAAUGUCUACGGCGACCGGAUACGUUAUGGUCGAAACAACGAAGUCCAACGAAAUUGUCGGUGUCCCACCACAGAAAAAUCGAAUCCGGAAACUCCUACAGAUCCUGAAUAUCUUAAUGAAGAUCCUCUUAAAACAGUCGAGAAGAGAAAGUCCAAGCAUCGCCUUGUUGGAAGCGGUAACGGAAAUUCUUACAGGACGGAACAAGAACAAAAUGAAAAAGGAAGAGGAGUAGCUGGGGGAGCAGCACCUUACGAGAUAGAAAACUUCCCGGAAACUCCGCAGGAAGUGAUUGUGACCGAUGCCAAAAACAAAACAUACAAAUGCAUUCAGGUGCCCAUUUGUAUUUCAAAUGGAAAGCCGGACACCUGCCGGUGUUGCAAAUGUGCUCCUGAAAAUUCUGACGAAGAGUUGAUCGAUGAGGACGCCGAGUGCCUUUGUAACCAGGACGACAAAUGCACCUGUGUGCCUGACAACACUUUUCCCGAUGAGUUAACCUGCGAAUGCAAUCUUACGGAUUUGGAACGAACUCUGCGGGAGCUAAUACCAAAUGUCGAAUGCUUGUGCUUUCUGAAGAGCAAGAAACGUCGCAGACGGCGCAAGAAAUGGACACCAAAACGCCACUACGAUCGGUUUGCCAGUCCUCCGUUCGUCCUCAAUCCGAAACCCCGGUGUCUGGAGUACGGCUGCUGUCCUUACCCCUAUCCCUGCUACAAUCCUUGCUGCCAAGCACCAGUGGCAAAGAGCUGCUACACUUGUGAUUACGGUUGCGGAUGUUGUUGUAGAUGCUAAAACUAGAUUUCCAGCAAUGGAAGACAAACCAAAAAAGCCUGAAACCCAUACGAUCUGAAAGUUAUGAAAAAGCUCUUUAAUAAAAAAUACAACUUAAAGACUGAA